AGCAAGAAGAGAAAGGAAGGCUGAGCCGUCGUUUCCUGCCUCACGCCUGCUGGGAAUUUGAGUCCCCUCCCAGAGCUCGUCACCACGUCCCCCGUGCCAGCCUCGGGGUGAGCGGCCUUUCCCCAGACGCCCGCUGGAAAUUUCCAGAGGCACCACAGUAGUCCCGAAAAAAAAAGCUGCUGUGCCGGCCCGCAGGCGCUUCAUUUUGGGAUCUAUUGCUCCUGGCAGGCACGCCAUGCUCUGCUUCACGGACUGAAUUUAAGCCUCUUACGUGCUGCUCAGUUGGAGGGGUUCAUAUUAAGUGUCCAAAAUCAGAAUUAGUCCCAGCACCGUGACUUUUCCAUCAUGUCAGAACCUAUCACGCUCAAUGUUGGAGGAAAACUCUAUACUACCUCUCUGUCCACUCUGACUAGCUUUCCAGACUCCAUGCUGGGGGCCAUGUUUAGUGGGAAGAUCCCAACCAAGAAGGACAGCCAAGGCAACUGCUUUAUUGACAGAGAUGGCAAAAUCUUCCGCUAUAUCCUGAACUUUUUGCGAACUUCUCACUUGGACCUUCCCGAAGAUUUUCAGGAAAUGGGCUUACUGCGGCGAGAAGUAGAUUUUUAUCAAAUUCAGCCCCUGAUUGAGGCCUUGCAGGAGAAGGAGGUAGAGCUUUCUAAAGCAGAGAAAAAUGCCAUGCUUAACAUCACCCUAGAUCAGAAGACCCAGACCGUUCACUUCACUGUCCGAGAAGCACCCCAGAUUUACAGCCUGUCUUCCUCCAACAUGGAAGUGUUCAGUGCUCAUAUCUUCUCCACAUCAUGCCUGUUCCUGAAGCUUCUUGGUUCCAAACUGUACUACUGUUUCAAUGGAAACCUUUCCUCAAUAUCCAGUUACUUGCAGGACCCCAACCACUUGACCUUAGAUUGGGUUGCAAGUGUGAAAGGCCUUCCCGAAGAGGAGUACACCAAACAGAACUUGAAGAGACUCUGGGUGGUGCCAGAUAAUAAGCAAAUCAAUAGUUUCCAGGUGUUUGUGGAAGAAGUGCUGAAAAUAGCCAUGAGUGAUGGUUUCUGCAUAGAUUCUGCUCAUCCACAUACUUCAGAUUUCAUGAAUAAUAAGAUUAUUCGCCUAAUUCGAUACAAGUAGGAAUGGCUGUUGUGAUGCCAGCAUGGCGAUAACACAGGUUAAGUGUUUCCCUUUAAAACACACUUACAGCCUAAUUCAGAAUCAUUCUUAUCUGGAUUAAGAGUCACUAACAAGGAGAUGACUGUCCUUUAAUGUACUUACCAAUACGACCUUCCAGAAUGUGUCCAUAUUCCAGACAGAAGCAAUAUUGUCUAGCGCCUGAAUUAAGGACUGGCUCUGUCUCUGCCUCUGCCUCUGACCUGCUGUACAAUUCUGGGGAAAAUCACUUAAGUUCUGCCACCUCUACAUUUUCCAGCUGGAAAAUGGGUGAUCCUUAACCCGCAUUGCCAGGGGAUGCAAGAGUUUGGUAACCAUGGUUUGGAAUGUAUCUGAAGAAUGGAUGCAGUGAAAGAUACCAUGGAGCUGCAGUGCAGCAGACAGCCCUAGGAGCACGUUUGCCAUGCCUUGCCAUGUAUCACCUGUGCAGAGCAUUCAAGAAGCUUUGGAUCUGCAGAGGAGAAGCCUUCCAACAUGCACUCAAGACAGCUGUAAGGGAUGGGACGAGUUGCAAAUGAGUAAGGGAUCCCAUCUCUUUGGGUUCAAAAAAGGAUUUCUGUGAAGCUGGCUUGGAUUUUUUUCUGAACCCUGUGAGGAAGCCCCUGCUUUAUUGCGCUUUCAGAGAAGCUGUGUUGGAAUAAUGUGACUGGCAAGGAAGCCAUAGAAGAGAGAAUGGUGUUAUUACAAAUGAAGAAGAUUAAAUCUUUACUUUUACAUUCCAAAGGCAUCCAAGACAGCUAGUCCUUUUUUUAUUCUUAAAAUGUUAAUAUUUGUCUGGAGGAUGCUGCUGAAGCUUUCUAAGGUGAAGACAGAUUUUGGGGCAGAGACUCCCAAAUGUCUUCUAAACAUUUGAGCCUCUUUUGGGCAGCAGUGCCUGGAAUGCAUGGGAUACUGUCUGGUAGGAUGGAUUUAAUUUGAAAAGACAACAUUCUCACCAGGUUACACCUAGUAUUUUUCAUUGCAAAAACAGAGGGUCAUUUUUCCUAUCCUGGUUCAUUGAGCCUUGUAUGGUCUAUUAUCUUGUGAAAUGGUCAGGUCACUAAAAGAAUUUUAGUAAAAGAAUUUUACCUGCUUGCUUCAGUGUCAGCUUGCCAGAGGGAAAGCAGUGGGAAACCAGAGGUCAAACUCUUCCCCUGCACACCUCAUCUGUACUGUAAUGAAGAUCAUAACUCACUAGAUAGCUGCAUGUUGUCUCUAAACAUCAUGUGUGCCACAUUCAAGAUGGUUCUUUCUCAGCUAAUUAUGUUUCAAAGUAUCUUAACUGUAUUUCCUUAACCAGAUUGCUAUGAGUGCAUGAGAGGCCCUCUGGAACAUUUUCAGGUAUCUUUAACGAGAUAGAAGGGAAAAUGCAAUAACUAAGUUUUGCAUUUAGAGGUUUAGUGCUUCCAAAGGUUUCUAGCACAGGGUUGCAAAGCUCAAUAAAGCACAUGUUCUUGUUUCCCAAAGUAACUACUCUGUUGUUAAAUUAAGCUGACCUGUGAACAAGCAUAAAGAAGCUUUUUUUCUUGUAAAAAAACAGUGUGAUCAAUAUAUUUCCACUGCCCCAAAUUGUGACUGCAUAAACAACACAAAUCAGCAUGCUCAUGGGUAGAAUGCACAUUCUGCAGUUGUUACAAACUACUGCCCUUUGUCUGACUUGGUGCUAAACCAGCAUGAUAUAUGGGGGACCGUGUUGUCAGAAAGCAUUGAUUGGGCUUGAAGCCCUCAGAACCACUAAAUGUGGCAAAUUUUGUGGGUUUUGAUGAUUGUAAACAGGAUUUUGUGACCAAAUUCCACUUGGAGUCACCAUGUUCUUCUAUAUUUAGUUGCAUUAGGAAGAACUCUUUUUUUUUUUUCCAUCCCAGUCCUGAAUUACAAAGCAUGAGCUGGCCAGUCAGCUGGACAUUGACAGGGAUGAUCUGUGCUGGUAACAUGAUUAUGAUCUGUAAAAUGAACCCUCUUUCAUCAAAUCUGUGACUUGAAACAGGCUGUUCCUGAAUUUAUGAUAACAGAGAUUUUGGGGACUGUUGAUGGUAUUUCUUUUUAACCCACACCCUGGAGAAUAGAUUUUAAAUUAUCUGUAACCGGAGCUUUUGUAUGUCAUGACAAAAAUAAUACCAGUAGGAAUUUGUUUCCUGUCACCUUGAGUUUAUCCAAAGGUAAGAGCAGUGGGCUUAGAUCUCAUCUGGAAGGGUGGAGGGGGGAAAGCUUGACCUACACCCUUUAGAGCUGUGGAUCAGUACUGCUCCAUUCUGUUUCAGCAAAAUAAAAUACUCCAUGGGAGAGUUGUAUCAUUUUUGGUGAAAGGCAAAUAAGAGGAGUUUGUAAAAUAAGAGAAGUGGACUCAGAUAUUCACCUGGAGUUCUUUAAUCCAUCAAUCUGUUAUGCAGAAGAUGAACAAAUCAAAUACACAUUUGUGCUCAUGCAACUAAGUCAGUAAAAGGUACAGCUGGCCCCAGAUCUCUGUCAUUUAUUAACAGAGAGUGAGAUGCAAAAUAUGUCUCUUUUAUAAAAAUAAAUAGAUGGAAAAUUCCAGUGCAAAGACAUGAGUGAAGCCAUGCUUUGGAGGGAACAGAAAAACCUGAUGUAGCUCAAACUUGCUAAGCACAAUAAACGUCCUUAAGCAUGAGGUACUAUUUAUACUGGAAAAGGGCGAUAAGUGAAUCACUUCUGAUUACAGUCAAACAUAUGUUCUACAAAUGCAGCUGCUAUUUCAAACUCCACACUUAGCUCAAUUUAUAGCUGCUUCCAAAUUCUGCAGUCUGUGAGUUACAAUAUAAUGGCUGUUUAUGGGAACAUUCUCUCUCCAGAGAAUUUGUUUGCAUUCUAUCUGAAUAGCUAUUUUUUGUUUACCUUCUUUUUCUGAGCCCUGGGGUGUAACUUGCUUUUCUUUACCAGUCAACAGCACUGAUAAUGAUUCUUCUCAAGAGUUUGCCUGAAUUAAAGAGAAGCAAACAUGCACAAAGCCAUGCUAAGUAUAGCACAACCCCAUCACUAGUCAUGAAAAGCACAUAGCAUUUAUUAGCAGUAACAUUUAAAAAUUAUUUCACUACUGAGUGGAAUAUUCACCCUCAGAACAAACAUAUUCUUUCCUGGAAAGGAUAUAGUGACAUUUUCUUCCCUUAAAGUUUUGUGUCUGUUUUCUCCUACAUCUUGGUGCAUAACAAGAUCCUGAUUCUGCCAUAUGCCUGUCUCCCUCAAUACCUUAGUGUACAAAAUGAGCCAAGCCCUGCAAUUUUUUUUUUUAAUGGCCUCAUUUUUCUUUCCUAAAUGACCACUGAAUAGAGUGUUCAGUAUUGUUAGAGGAGAAGAAUACCAGAGUUAAGGCAGAUGAUAAACAAGAUUUUAGCUGUAGCCUAAUGGCAUUCUCAUAUCUGGACAUGUGUGUAGCACAGUGGUAUUUCUUAUGUGGCAAAAAGACUAUUAUGAAACAUCUUAAUGGACUCCAGAAAGAAUCACUCAUGGAGUUCUUCAUCUGCUUUUAGGCUUGAUAGCCCUUAAAUAUCUAACCGUGUACAGUUACAAUGAUGAGAUUGAAACUGUAUAUAAAUAAUAAGAGAGACUUAGUCUAUACAGUUGUUAAAGGCUGGGAGGAGUUGAUGGGAGGAGUGUUUGUUUCUGCACAGUGGUAAAGAAAUAAAAGAAGUAGUUGCAAAAAGUUUGAUCUGAAAGAAUUCGUACUAACAAGAAAUCCAGGAUUUAGAAGGGGGAGAAUAAAAGUAUCUUGAUGUGUUCAGGGGAAAAAAAAAAACCAGCAAGAUAACAACGGAGAAAAAGAUUUUGCUACAAGAGUCUGUGAUUAGAAUGAUUCACUGGUCCUUUCCAGUUUUAAUCUCCUAUUAUGCACUUCAAAUACAGGUCAUGCCAAGACUUAGGCUAGUAGCUUCUUGGGAGCAGGCAGCUUUGCAUCAAUUUACAUGUACUUCGAGUCACCAAGCAUUUGUACUUCAGUACUUAGAACUUUUUAUCUGGAUUGUUGAGUAUAAAUGGCUGAUCAAGUUCACUGGCAGCAAAUAUCUGCAGUCAAUCGUAUUUAUUCCCAGGAAUAAAAGGUGAGGUGUAAAGGCUGGUGUGGAGUCUGUAUACAAGGUUGGUGGAAGUGAGAAAUAUUGCCUUCAGCCAUGGACUGUGGAAAAUAAGUCUAGGAACUUCUGAUACUUCACAGACUAAUGAAGAAGUUAUGAAGAAGACUCCUCUGGGCAGUUUUAUUUUCACCCCAUCCUGUAGAACUUGGUGCCUCUGUGCAUAAUUCCCAUGUAUUUUGAAACAUUUAACUUCCAUUCUGCACCUGUGUCUGAUGGACACAAACAUGCAGGGUACAAGAAGUGCUAACAUGAGGCUCUCCCAAUAACAGUCUCAUACAUUAAUUAGUACAGGCAGUCACAGAUAGUCUCUGCAAGAAGGGCUGAUUGCUGAUAAAUAUCCAGAUCAAACUCACAGUGUUAUUCACUUGGGAAUAACACAAGGAAUGUUUUCCCUGUGAAUUCAGAAGAAAAAUGAGCUAUAGGGGAGGGCUGUAUCUAAUAAUAUAUCUAAUAAUAUUCUUUUCUCCUCAUCCUCUGGGCAUUCCCCUCAGUCUUUUCAUGCUCCAUCUCCUACUUGCGGGAUUUUCCCACUGAUGGGAAUUUGGACCCCAACCCGCUAAAAGCCAUGCUUUUGAAGCAGUAGUGUUUGAAAAGUGUGAAAAGAUGGUCUUUAUUGCUUGCCACCUUCAUAGAGGUCCUGUAGGGCUAUUACAUUUAAAAACCUGAUUGCAUUCCUCUGCUUGUAACUCCUGUGAACUGUUAUUAAUAUGUAUUUUAGAAAGCAGUAAAUAAAAUGUGAAUGAAGAAGAA